AUGCAGUUACAAUAGAAAUCAGCUCUAAAAUCCAUCUCCUUUCUAUAAAAAUCUCUCAAGACAUAGUUCAAGGUAAUUAAUCCAACAGCUGAAAACCAGCAGAGCAAAGGAGCAUCUGCUGUUCCUACAAGAAAGGUUUUCGAUUUGAGCAAAUAAUACUAUAAUGAAUAAGAUGAAAUUCUUAAUGAUGACAAACCCAGGAAAGACUACUCCAAUUUCAUAGUUGAAAAUAACUCUUCAUCUCACAGCAUAUUUGGGGAUAGUAUACUAAAAUAAUCUUCAGGCAUAGCUCCUGCUAUUAAAGGUGCUGUUGGACAAAGCAGACCCAUUUUAAAGGAAGAAAUUAAAACUUACUAAAUCAUAGUUAGAAACAAUAAGUUCAUUCCAGAUAAUUUAAAAAUUGAAAAAGGCUCAAUAGUCGAAUGGAAAAUUUAGGAAGAUUUGUCUGAGGACUCUGAGCUCUCUCUUUAUUCAUCCAGCACUCGCUCUCACGUUAUUGCCUUUAAUGAUCUUCCAACAGAGUCUUCUAUCCUCAGGCUAAACGAUACUUUCAGAGUUAAGUUCCAUGAGUGCGGCCAUUUUACUUAUAAAUGCUAAAUUUACACAAGAAUGAAAGGAUCUAUUAAGGUUUUUGAAUCAUACUAAGCACUGACUUAAUACGAAAGAGAACUAUAAACUUUUUAAAGAUAUUAAGCUGCAGCUCCUUUCGACAUUAGAACACUCAAAUAAGAGGAAUCUAAAAUCAAAAUGCAAAAGUCACAAGAUGAGCUGAGUCAAAGGCUAAUCGAGGUCCUUGAGGAGGAAAAUAAAAUUGAAACAAAAGAGGAAACUCCUGUUAUCAAUAAAAAGUUUUUCUAAGAGGUAUUUGACAAAUACAAUCACCAUUUACAAUGCGAAGCUGAGCUUACAUCAGACGAUAACUUCUAGCCAAGUGAAGACUAAGAAGAUUAAGAAAAAGAGGAAAAAACUUUCCUAGAAGAGUAAAGAAAUUCAUCAAAGGGAUCAAAAGGAUCAUCUAUAAAAUAAUCAAGCAUUCCUAGUCACAAGGAAAGCUCUGAAUCAGAUCAUGCCUAAUCUAUUGAUAAUGAUGCUAAAAAUAGUAUAUCAAAAGAUAUCAAGCAGGAAUUGAUCAUUGAUUAAGAGUAGGAUCAGAAGCUGACUCCAUUCUCACUACUUUUCCACUCUCAAAACGGAGAUGUACUUGAGUAAGAGUUCCUUCAAAAUUAAUAAAACCAACCUAUAAUUGCCCUUCCAUCCAAUGAAAAUAUAAAACCAUAACUUGAAAUUCUAGAAAUAAACAUCUCUUCAAGCAUCCUUUAAGUAGAAGAAAUCCCAAUAGUAGUUGAAUAAGAAAUAACAUGUGCUCCUAAAAAAGCAAUGUUUACUGUCAGAACUCUAGAACCAGACAGGAAGGGAGGUAAAUAAAUUUCAAAGGAAUACCUGAUACAAUCCAACAAUUUAAUCUAGGAUGACCCUACAUUAGCAAAGGCGGCUGAUGAUUAGCUAAGGGAAAUAGAGAAAAAAUAAAGAUUUAAAUUAAAGAGAAAGCAGUAUCUAUUAAAAAGAAAAGAAAAAGAAUCUAAUCAAAGGAAGCCAAAUGCAUUUGACAUGAAUGCAGCUUAACUUAUUAAAGAUAAAUAAUAGAAGGAUCUGAUAGGCAAUAAGGUAUUAAAAGAGAUUAAUUGUGAUAUGACUAGACUAUAAAAGGCAAUGGCAUUGAUCUAACUAUAAUAUGAUAAAAGUGUUAAGACAGCUGUGUAUCUCUGA